UUAAGACAUGUCCUGGGAAGUAGUUCAUGAGGCGGAGUUGGGAGUGAGACGUGUGUGUGUGUAUAAAGUACGUAUAGGGUGCAGGUGGGCAUAUGAUAAUUAAAUGGGAGGUGGAGGUGUGGAGCAGCAAAAACGGCCUCACGCCGUAAUGAUUCCAUACCCAUACCAAGGCCACGUCACCCCCUUCGUCUACCUCGCCAUCAAACUCGCCUCCACCGCCGGUUUCACCGUCACCUUCGUCAACACCCAGCACGUCCACUCCCAAAUCUCCAAGUCCGGCGGCGGCGGCGACUGGAGAUCCGGGCUGGACAUCCGGUACGUCACCGUCUCGGACGGGUUCCCGUUGGGGUUUGACCGGUCGUUGAACCACGACCAGUUCAAGGAGGGCCUUCUCCACGUCUUCUCUGCGCACGUGGAUGAGGUGGUCGGGGACCUGGCCCGCUCCGCCGACCCGCCGGUGACGUGCUUGAUCGCCGACACCUUCUUCACCUGGACGUCCGUGAUCGCCGGCAAGUACGACCUGGUGAAUGUGUCGUUCUGGACGGAGCCGGCCCUGGUUUUGUGUCUCUACUAUCACCUGGACUUGCUCCACAAAAAUGGCCAUUUCGCCGCUGCUCAACAUCAAGAGAGGAAUUGCAAAGGAAAGGACAUGAUAGAGUACAUACCGGGUGUGAAGGCAAUAGAACCAAGGGACCUGAUGUCAUACCUUCAAUCCACUGACACGUCGACGGUGAUGCACAGAAUCAUUUCCAAGGCCUUCGCCGACGUCAAGAAAGCAGACAUCAUCAUCUGCAACACCGUCCAAGAGCUCGAGCCCGACGCUGUGGGUGCCCUCAGCGCAGCCCAGCCCACCUACUCCAUCGGCCCCGUUUUCCCCACAACCCCAAUCACCACCAGCCUCCUCUUCCAGUCCGACUGCUCCCACUGGCUCGACUCCAAACCCCCCGCAUCUGUCCUCUACGUUUCCUUCGGCAGCUACGCCCACACCAGCGAGGCUGACAUCCUAGAGAUCGCCCACGGCCUCAUCCUCAGCGGGGCCCACUUCCUCUGGGUUCUUCGGCCCGACAUCGUCAGCUCCGACCGACCCCUCCCCACCCGUUUCUUGACCGACCUCGGGAAUAAUAGCGCGGGUCGGGGCUUGGUCGUGCCCUGGUGCCGCCAGCCCGAGGUCCUCUCCCAUCCCUCCGUCCGCGGAUUCUUGACCCACUGUGGCUGGAACUCCAUUCUCGAGAGCCUCUGGUGCGCCAUACCCUUGCUCUGUUAUCCCCUCGUCACUGACCAGUUCUCCAACCGAAAACUGCUUGUCAACGACUGGAAGGUCGGGGUCGAUCUUUGCGCCUCAUCUCCCAUUGCCCGCCUCCAAAUCGCCGACAGCAUUCGCGCUUUUAUGAGUGAGAGCUGUCAUGUACAGUUGAAGAGGGCUGUCCUACGGUUGAAGGCCACCUUAGAGGAUGCCCUUGCAACAGUUGCUCCUUCAGCUGCAGCAGGUUCCUCCACCGCAAACUUCAAUGCUUUUGUUGAGGACGUUACCACUCGUUCCACCACCAAGUUGCAACUCCACCACGGGCGGCGGCCUAAGCCCAACAGUAUCGACCACUGCUCCGGAUCCUCUACUCAAGCAAUCCCUGCCAAUAUCAGUCUUCACUUUGUACCGCCAAUCAUUACUGCAUGCACUUCACAACCACGGCCGAGAUAGCUACUUCACUCAUGCAUAUAUGCAUACAUUGAGUUAUACCAACCCGGCCACUUUCUUACUUUACUCAUAUUACUUUAAUUUUGAUAUGGGAAAUACUAAUAAAGGAGAGUUAUUUCAAUUGAGAUUGAUUUCUUCCUAAAUUGCAAUUGAGUCCAAUUAUUAGAAUUGAUGAUUUUCAAAUUUUGC